CAACAAUCCCUUUAUACUUUAAGGGUAUUCGAUGUCGAUUACUGAUCGAAGUACUUAUGUGAUUCCUAAAUGACGAAUAAUGGGAAUUGUACAACAAACUAAAUACCUCGUUCUGAAAAACUUCCACAUCAAAAAACGGAAUAAGCGGGAAACUUUGCAAGAGAUACUCAUCCCAAUUUGGUUCAUUGUGACGUUAGCGAUCGUAAAAAGAAGGUUAAUAACGGAGCUGAAACCAGCUGUAAGAGAAAAUGAAAUACCGACAGCGAAAAUUUCCAGCAUGGGACUGGCUGGAUUACCGGGAAUUGCGAGCUCCAAGCCAAAUAUCGGCUAUGUCACCAACAAUCUCGCAAAUGCUGGUUCGGUUAUGGAGAUAGUUAGGAACACCUCAAAGGACAGUGCAAAAUAUGUUGAGUUUAACACUACAGACAGUUUGAUAGCCUUUUACAUGGAGCACACCAACCUUCUUGUGGGAAUCGAAUUUUGGAAUGGCAAAGAGAAAGGACUUGCUUACACACUUCGCGUCCCGAGAGGUCGACUCCCCUUACCAAAGAACAGACUUGUCGGUGAGUACAGCUACACAUACGUGUAUUAUGGAAUCGCACCCAUUGAAAAACGUCCCACGGGAAAAUGCAAAUAAGCUAGAAAAGAGAAAGAGAGCAUGCGUAACUUCACGCAGGCCUGUCAAUCCGACUGUCAAUCAUGUAAUCCCCCGUGUAUGCCGUAUUCACAAGUACUGUUUCUUGCUCAGACAACCGAAACGUAGUGCCAUUCAUCGAAGAAGAAUAGACAUAAUUAGUAGCGUUAUCUUGAUUAGGCUAUGUAGUUUAAAUUACCUUUUAAUGUCGGGUUUUUAAUUGAAAUGCGGCAGAUUUACGAGAUUCGACCAUCAAUUUCACCAUGAAAGCAAAAUAACAUUACAUAAAUAUUCCUUUUUAGCCCGUUAUUGCGUUCAUUUUCCGGUAACACGUCGGUAAAGUCUAUUUACUUUUUUCAUCACUUUCAAACAAUAUUAAUUGUUCCAAUUGUAUCUCCAUUGUCUCUACAUGGACACAAGUGAAAUUUUACAACUCCAGUUUGGGAAUUCGUUAAUUCAGAUCUUAAGAGACCAAAGCUGGCAACCUCCUUCCCAGGUCACUGUGCCUGCAAAGCAUCAUGGGUACCCCACUUUUCCUGGGUGAUGCUUUUUAAUGGGCAUGAUUCCAUAAUGGUAUAUGAUCGAAUGCAUUGUUUACAUUGAUCAUUUAUGACAUCAACUCCUUAGACUCAGAAUAUUCACGAGGUGUGUUUUUGAAGACCUGGAACAUUGAUCCUCCUAAAAUGUGAAGUGGCCAGAUGGAAUUAUCAGACAGAAUGUUGCCUUCUUUUUUUGCUCCAAAUUUACCUGUAUUGUAAAAAAAGCCUUCUUACAUCAAAUUUUCCCUGUCCCCAAACCUCUCAGGUAAAGAAGCAAGGAUGUGAAAAUUGUACCUUGUAUAUCCUCUUUAGGGUCCAAGACCCCAAAAACAGAAGGAUGUUUGGUAACACAUCCCCAUCCAGACUAAAGAAAGAAAUGUUCCUACUUCAAGCAUACAUCUCUUGAGAUUAUUUUGAAAGGUUGUUUGGUAGCACAUCCCCAUCCAUAGUAGGGAAAGGUUGUACCCUCCUUCCCCUGAAAUGUAUCUAGACAAGCAUACAUCUCAUGAGAUUAUUUUGACAAGAUUUAAAAAUGCGUAGUCUAAGACUGCAUAUAGCUGCACAUUUUGCAGUGACCUUUACAUUAAGUUGGUAUUCAACCCGUUUAAAAUUAAGAGUUGGUUUAGGGUCAAGGAUUCUAUCCCUGGGGGUUUAUGAUUGCAAAUUAUAUAUAACUUUUCAUGUGCAAGCUGUAGUGCCUGUUAUGUUGGUGAAACCAACAAACACACUGCCUCCGGCAUCUGCAAACAUUUCUCCUUUGACAAACAUUCCCACAUCUUUCAGCACCCAAGAGGUUCUAAAAAUUGUUGCUCCCAUUGUUCAGAAGAUUGUUUUAAAAUUCUGGACUCUGCUUCCACAAGCUUCCAAUUGAAAAUUGAGGAAGCCAUGCACAUCCUUUGGGAGCAGCCAUCUUUAAAUUCCCAGGUCAAACAUCUUAUUUAUCCCUUUCAUACUAAUUAGUCUCCCUUCUUGGCUUAAAUAGUUUCACUUUUUUUUAAAAUUAUUCUUGUUAACGUCUCACUUUGUUUUACUGUUUAUUGCAUAAUUUCAUUUUGCUUCUCAUUAAACAACUGAUGAUGGAUGAUGUUUCAUCUGAGACAUGUUUUGUUUUCAUUGAAAAAUGUAAGAAAAAUGAACUUCAAAAGCAUUGUGUGGUUCAUCAAAGCAACAUGUAUUAAUAAUAAUAAUAAUAAUAAUGAAUAUUUUCAUAUUUCAUCAACAUGUCAUCUUUUUGCUAUAGCAUAUUGACAUGACAAACUGUUUACCUUACAUGUAGUUAAAUUUACAUAUACAUCUAAAAACAGUUGGUUAAUGCGCAAACACCCCAGUGGUCAGAAAAAUGUGUUUCUAAAAUAAGGAAGCUGAUUUGUGUUUCUGGUAGAUUUGUGAAUAUAAGGUCAAUACAUGUUUUGCUGUUAGCAGUGGCACUUGAAACUUUUUUGUUUAUAAUUACUCCUUGUAAAUUUAUCUUAAAGAGAUACUCUUUUGAAGUCACCCAUAAACAGACAAGCACUAGAGUGCGAAGAUUACUGUUCAAAAGUUCUAAAAGUUUUAGGCACAAAUGCUCUUGUGGUACUAUAAGGGAGCAACAUAAUACAACGAGUGUAAUACGAGGAAGGUUCAAGAACCUCAUUACAAUCAACUCAAUACCAUUUGUAUUGUAGCAAUAAGGAUAACUUAUCAAUUCAUCAUGUGCAUUGUCAACAUGGAUUUUUUGUGUGUUAAUAAUGUAUUCUGUGUUUGAAUUGUUCUCAAAUUCAUUGAAAUCAUUAGUGCUAUUGCUAACACCAUUUAAACUCCUUCCAGAAAUAACUGGACAUGUUAAUACACUAUGCGUUUGACCUUUAUGUCCUAUGUAUUCUAACCUUCAAUUUGCUCUAGCAUUUGCUGGUUCAACCAAUGUAAUUUCCAUAAAAUUCUCAUCUGAUUCUCCAAUGUAAAUCUUUAAAUUCAAAGUAUCAGCUACUGCUUGUGUUAUCAUGUUACCAGCCCAUGUACCUUGCAUAGACAUAAGAUAAAUAUUGAUAUUGAAUCGCUCAGAAUCAAUUUUAUCAAUACAUAACAAUGUAAUAUAAUUAAGUCUAGAAUAUUGAGUCAUAAUGUUACAUUCAGAAUCAAGCUGAUCAAUCACAUACAAAUCAUCAUGGCUGUUCAAAUUCACACAUGGAAGGACAGCCAUGACUGAACAAGCAUUUUGGUUGCAAGGUAUAAAAUCACCACAAAGUGUCAAAAAACCUGAAAAACUUUUGAUAAACUAACACUUUACAAACAUUUAGAAAACUGUGCCUGGAUACUGAUAAGGAAUAAGGAAAAAUCAUUGUAAAAUAGAGACAAAAAAACCCUAAAAUCCACUGAGUAUCUCAUAGUCACAUGGAGAGAACACACAUGGAAUGUCUCAAUCGAUAGGAAGCUGUGCUUGGGUCACAUUUUGAAGUGUUGGUUUUGCAUAUUAAAUCCUGUUGGUAUGAUUGAGUUCUUGUUGAGAUCUACCAAUCAGUGAGGGAGUACAGAUUGUGUGCCAUUAUUGUAUGUAAACUUAUGACAAGUCAUUACAUAGUGACCAACAACAGGAAAGCACAAUUUUAGAGUGACAGCUGCACAUGUGCGAUUUUCUUCCAGCCAACCACAAAGUACUCCACAUUUGUCAGUGAAUUGUAUUUGUAACUGGUGUGCUAAACGAGUGUAAUUUUGUUUGGCACCAAUCAUACUGCUAUUAAUGCUAUAAACAUGGUAUUUUAGAAUGAUUGCAUGGUUACAUAGGAAUCCCAACCAGGAAACAGCAAUAACCUCACAAACUUGAGGCAAGUAUUCAGCUGGGCUUCCUGUGGAAAGUUAACAACUUACACAAGCACUUACAAGGCAAUGACAUGAUGGCUAUGCAUUCCCAGAAUGCAGUAGCCACAAAAAUUAUAUAAACCUGAUUUAAUUUGUAGGGUUGGGUGGGGAAGGAUAUCAUUCCUGUGUAGAGCAAUGUUACUUCAAAACAUAUUCACACAACUAUUCAAUUUUUAAUUAUUUUCCUCCUUUCAGGUCUAGGUGAAUGUCAUGAUGUCAACAGCUUGUUUUCAGGGGGCUGCCCUGCCAAUUCUUAUAUUACAACAAAAAUAGCAACCCUGCAAACAAUAAUUGAUGCUGCUAUUACAAAGGUAAUUGCUGGUGAAAUGUAAUUUUUCUCAGGCAGACCCAGGAUUUAGUGAGGGGAGUUGGGGAGGGGGGGGGUGUUCAAUAACUAUCUACUGAAAAGAGGACAAUCCUGAGGGAGGUCAGGAGGCAUGCCCUUGCCAAGAAUGUUGAAUGAAAUGUCUUGAAAAAAGUUAUUUCCAGUGUUUUAAGGGAAAAUUUGUAGAAAACAAAAGAAAUAACAAAUUUGCACAUGUUAGAUGAUUUUCAUUUUGACCAAACUGCCUGAAUCACCUCUGGAUCUGCCCCAGUUUUUUUUUAGCUGGUAUUUCAGUUCCUUAACAGUCAAUAAUCUUUCAACAUGAGUGGGAAAAUGGGAUGAUAAGUAGAUUGAUUUUAGACUGUAAAAAUCUCUUGGUCUUUUAUUUUUCUUAAUUCAUUACUUGUCUAAGUAUUAGCCAUGCACAGUGAUUAAAGAAAAUAAAUUCUGGAAGGUAUACAGGGUUCUUUUCAGACAAAUUUUAAUUUUAGUCCUCUGACUUGUAAUUUGCUUUAAGUAAUAGAGGUGAUUUGAUCUAUGAAAUUUUUUGUUGUUAAAGGUUGAAGGGAAUUUACCUCACUUAAAUGUCCCAGACAUCAAGGCAAAGAUGAUGCCAAAGGCAUCUUACAGGCAACCUGAAGAAGAUUUUGCCUUCCUUAUUUUGAUUUUCAUGGUCUAAGCCUUUGUACCUUACUUCCUUGUAGUCCUUGUCAAUCUGAAAGAGAAGGAACUUAAACUGAAGGAAUUGUUGAGGAUUGUGGGUACUUCUGAUAUCGCAUACUUAUUGUCGUGGAUUAUUACAUAUGCAGUGAUCAUGCUGGUAGCCGUCCUCAUUUUGAAUGUGAUCACAAUAUUGGGAAACAUAUUUUCCAAUAGCAACUAUAUUGUGAUGGUCAUCAUCUGCUACCUGUAUGGCUUAAGCAUCAUCACAAUGUCUUUAAUGCUGACACCAUUCUUCAAAAGUGUCACGAUUGCUGGCCUUUUGCAUCUCUGGUGACAACAAUUCUUGCCACAAUUGCCAAUCUCCUUGUCCUUUUUGAAGUGUCUAAUGUGGUGAAGUGGUUAUUGUCACUCUUUUCACCAACAGCAUUUGUUUUUGCCUUGCAUGAGGUAGGUUGAUGUUAUUUUCUUUCUCAUUCAUCACACCUUCAUUAUUUGCAAAUUGAAUGCAUUUAAAGAACUAUAAGGCUGUUAAAACUCACACAUAGAAUAGACAUUCAUUUGUCUGAAAUUGAAGAAGUAAGUAUAGAUAAAUGAAGACAUUGGUUUGUCCACAGUUCCUUGAAAAAUUGUUCCAUAUUAAAAUUUUAGGCUGUUGCAGGGGAAGGUCUGAACUUUGACAACUGGUCCACCAAAGGGAGUUUUCCAUCCAUUUAUCCCACUCUGAUGCUGCUGGUGGACACUGUUUUGUAUCUUUUGUUGGCUCUGUGCUUUGAUGCAGUGAUUCCUGGUAAGUGUGGUCAGUGUAGGCCCCCCUACUUCAUCUUUACACCAUCCUUUUGGAAAAGUAUCUGUAGCAAAAAGGAACAAGGGACAGCACCUUCUGAACAGCUUUCCACAAGAGUGGAGGAGGUAUCUGAAGAUAUUGAGGCCAUGCCAGCAGAUUUACAGGGGAAUGAAGUAAUAAGGUAUUACAAACUGGUGUAAUUUUAAGAGUGCUUGAAUGAGAGAGAAAAACUGUCACUUGUGUUGAUCUGCCAAAUGAAUUUUACUUUGUGGCUGUAUUUUUGUUUCUGUUUUUUUUUUUUCUUCAGCAUUCACAAAUUAAGAAAAGUUUACCAUGGGAAAGAAGAGGUUGUUGCAGUUGAUGGUAAGAGCUAUUAAACUUAUCAUCAGUCAGUUAGUCAGUGGGUGGUCAGUUGGUCAGUCAGUCAGUCAGUCACCAGUCAGUUAGUCAGUUAGUCACCAGUCAGUCAGUUGGUCAGUCAUUCAAUUAGUCAGUCAUAAGAUGGUCAGUCAGCUAAGCAGCAUGGGAAGCAGUCAUGUAGAUAGACAGUUAAUCAGUUAAUCAGUCAAGAGUCAGCUUGUUAUUCAACACAGUCAGUCAGUCAGUCAGUCAGUCCAUCUGUCAGUAAGGCAAGUGAACAUGAGGUAGUCAGUUCAUCAGUCACAUAAAGAGACAAGCAUUAGGUCAGUCAUUUUUCCAGUCAGCUAGUCAGCUGUUCACUCAUAUAGUUAUAGUCAGUCAUUUUAAAGCAUGUAAACUUCUGACUAAUGCACCAGUUCUCUCUUUUAAAUUGAGCAGACAGAACUUUCUUCUAUCUUUGAAGAUUAAGUCCUCGUGUAGAGAUCCUGGCCUUGAUGAUAACUUUUGUGUCACACCUUUAGGGGUCAGCAUGGAUAUAUAUGAAGGUCAUGUGACAGCGCUGUUGGGUCACAAUGGAGCAGGUAAAACAACUCUAAUAGCCAUGAUGACUGGAAUGGUUCCUGCUACUGAGGGUUAUGCUACUGUCUACGGAAAGGACAUCACCGACCCCAGUCAGAUGCAGGAAAUAAGAAAAGGCAUUGGUGAGAAUGCAAAUUAAGUGUAAUUUUCCCUUUCUGCCAUCAGUCCUCAUUGAUAACCCAGCUCAAUGUCAAUAUAUGAGCAACUUCCCACCAACCCAUCCCCUAACCUAACAACACUCAACUGAUAACAAGUAGGGGUUGAAUUAAAGGAGGGGUAAACCCUACCUAUUAGUGUGAUAUACUCCACAAAUUUACUGCAAUUUCCUUUGUUAGUAAUCUUGGUUAUGACCAUGUCUUAUGGAUGGAUGGAUGGAUGCCUCUAUUUAAAAAUAAAAAUAAACCUCAGGGUAGCCCCAUCAGAAGCCCUAAAGAGCCACCUGCUAUCAAUGGGAGCUCUGAGUAUAAACUAAAUAAAAUAUAUUACAAUUUCAUGUGAAAUACAAACACGAAGAUAUAAAACACAUUUAUUAGGCUUUAGAUUUCUAAAUUUAAAAUUAUGUGUAUAAAAAUUACUAUUUAUCAGUGUGGUGGUUUACAAUCCUUUAUAUAUAACUAAUUUUUCAUGUUAUUUGCUUUUGUUUUAUGCAAGGUGUAUGUCAGCAGCAGAAUGUACUCUUUGACUUUUUGACAGUGAAAGAACAUUUAGAGCUCUACUCUGGCUUGAAAGAAGUGCCAGUGGAGCAGAGAGAUGUCAUGGUAAAGUUGCUAGUUGCUUGUAACAAAUCUCUAUUGCAUGUUAACAUCUUUGCCACUUGCAUAGGUUAAUGACAAGCCAGUACAUGGUCUACAAUGUUACCUCAGGCCUUUUCUUUAGAAUGGAACCUGCACCUGCUACAGGCCAAUUUUGGAGUAAUGACACCUUUUGAAUACCCAUGUGAUUCUUCAUGAUACUGCCAAAAUAGUGGUUCAUCUAACUUGCAGAGAGAAUGAAUUAAAAUUGCUUCCUUUGAAAAGGAAAAAGAAAGAAAUCAUAAGACACCCUAAUUUUCUCUGAGAAAAAGAUGAUUUGCUUUAUUUGAAUCAGCUUUGGCUGUAGAUGAAAAGCCAUGAUUUUUCUUAUAACCUGUGUGCCUGCAAAUCAUGUGAAUUAAAUGGUGCAUUUUAAGGAUGCAGAGUGGAAUUCAGGGAAACGACAUGAGGUAACACACUUUUUUUCAAGGUGAGUUCAUUGUUGAUGGAAAUUGACUUGGCAGACCAAAGGGACACUUUGUCAAAAGAUUUGAGUGGAGGCCAGAAGAGGAAAUUAAGUGUUGGCAUAGCACUCAUUGGGGAUCCAAAGGUAUAUACCUGUAUUUGUUAACUUGUAAGUGUUAUGAGAAAAUUAAAACCAAAUGUCAUUUAAUUUCUACAACCCAACCCCUGUUGACCUUUUCAUUGGAUGAAAAUCACAGUUUCAACUUUCUUUCCUAGCUGUCUGCCUUAUGUUUCUGAUCAUUUUAGUCCCAUGUAUUUAGUGUUUAACUUAAAUUCAAACAACAUGUUGACAGUAGCUUUUAUUUUUCUUCCUUGUCCUUACCUUCUGCUUGGAAAUAUAGUGAUUUUGUUUCAAGAAAUUUUGUCUCCAUCUCUCCUGAGAGUGAAAGGUGAACCCCUUUGUGCAAGAAAUUUUAACCCCCAAAGGGAGAAAGGCAACUUCAGAGUUACUGGUGGUGGUAACCUGAAGAGCCUUCAACUCAGUAACCCUUGUGGGUCCAGGCUUGAAAUUAGAGUUCUUGGCCAAGAGUCAAGUGCACCAGUGUUAGUAACUUGUUCAACUUAGUUUCCCAGUUAAUGAUCAAAAGGAUUUAAUAAUUGUGUUCAAAUUAAAGGUGAUCAUUUUAGAUGAACCAACAAGUGGAAUGGAUCCAUAUGCACGACGACUCAUAUGGUCCUUGUUGAAAGAGAAGUGUAAAAACCGAGUGGUUCUCCUUACAACACAUUUUAUGGACGAGGCUGACAUUUUAGCAGGUAAAUAAAUGAUAUGAUUAUCAACUGAUUUCUGACUGUAACUAGUAACUAAUUUGUGUUUCAUAUCUCUGCUCUGAUUGGCUGUUAAUUGGUUACUUUGGGCUUUUUUCACUGAACACUCUUCAGCUUUCACAAAGCCCUCCCUCUUUUUCAUAUCAUAAUGGUUCCCUACAGGAUCACAAAUUGUUUAAAAUGUGGGGAUGAAAAUUUCUUGUGAAUUUUUAAAUCAGGAUGGUAUUGUCUAUUGAAUGGUUAUGUUUCUAUACUCCCAGAUUACAAGGUUAUUUUAUCCAAAGGAAGAGUGCGCUGUUCAGGAAGCUCGCUUUUUCUCAAGAAUCGCUUCGGAAUUGGAUAUCAUUUGAAGUAAGUAUUGGCCAGAAGUUUAUAUCAUAAUUUCUUUCAGCCUGUAGUUUUUAACCAUUUUACUCCCAAGAUCUCAUUUUCAGUAAUUCUCCUUACUGUCCUACAGUGUUUGUUUUGGAGUAUUUGGUAAAUUCUUCCUUAAUUUAUAUUUCUCUUUAUUCUUGUCACUUGUUUUCUUGAUAUUGUUAGGGGCAAUUCUGUCUCAGUCACUCUUGGGAGUUAUAGGUUUAAGUCAAUUUGGACUUGGUCUUUCAUAUUUUCCUGCACUUUAUGUGGUUUGCUAGUUUUUACUUUGAGUUCUUUUUGACCCUUGAUAUAUUUUUUUUUCUGAUUGACUGUCAUGUUACUUUUUUUACUCGACUGGUUUUUUUUUUAUGGCAAUUGCAAGGCACUCUUCAAUUAACAAUAUUUUUUUCCCUUCAGUAUGGCUCUAGCAGAGAAUUGUAAUACUCAGCCAUUAAUUGAGCUUGUUCAAAGCAAAGUGGAAGGUGCAGAAGCUAUCCGUCACCAUGGCAAAGAAAUGGCAUUUUCCUUCCUGUGGAACAAGUAUCAUGUUUUCCAGGUAAAUUUAAUGAACAAUUAACUGCCUUGUAAAAUGGCCAACUACAAGUUACCUUGGUGGUAUUUUUCUUGUAAUAAACAUAAUGAAUUGACUUAACUCAGCUGUGAAUUAAUUUUCCUCCCAUGUUUACUUUGAGAUGAACCAGUUGUUAACCCUUAACACCCUGACAUCAGUAUGCAUAAUCUCCACACUGUUUUCCAUACUUUUCCUAAGGUGCUGACAAGGAGCAUUUGUGUAACAAUCAAGACGUUCUUUAGUUGGUGAUCAUUUCCUUUGUUCUCAUGACCUUUAUGCAUUUUUGGUGUUGAUAUUAUAAGGAGAAAUUAGAUGCUAGUCACUCCAAGGGGUCAAAAGGUUAACAGACACUUCUAUCAGGCAAUUACCAGCACCAAAAUUAAUCACUAUCAAUAAUUGUAACCAGAAAGCUGUCUGUCUGAUCACGUAAUCUGAUCAUCUAGGUGAUGGUAGCUCAGACAAGAAUUUUUGUUGAUUUAUUGGCCACUGAUGUUUUGACAACUUUAGCAGGAGUCACAAUCAGAGUGAAGUGAAAAGGUGUUUCAGUAGUAAGUGUUUUAACCCUUCAAUCCCUGAUAGUGGCUAGCACCUAAUUUCUCCUCCUGAUAUCACCCAUGAAUCAAACAUUUAGGUCAUGAGAAUAUAGAAAAUAAUAAUCAAAUGAAGAAGCUUUUGAUUGUUAAACAAAUUCUCCUUGCCAGCACAUCAGGGAAUGUAUGGAGAACAGUAUGGAGAAUAUGCAUACUGAUGUUUUGGUGUAAAGGGUUAACUACAGUUUGUUUAAACUAAUUGGUCAGUUUGUCUGCAAUGAUGUUGGCUGUAAUACUCAUUCAAGUGGUGUAUAUUUGUCAUGAUCAUCCUUAGGGAUGUCUGCCUAUGAAAAAUUUUUCUCUAAGGACAUCUCCUAUUAAUAUAUAAUCACUCAAUUUUCAAGUACAUACAUUUCAGAUCUAUUCAAGGCACUUGAGGACAACAAUGACAGUUCAGAAGGCUGUGCCGCCCCCUUAUUAGGCGUGACAAGUUAUGGUGUUUCCAUGACAACUCUAGAAGAAGUAUUUCUUCAACUAGAGGGCACCUCUGAAGAGAGUAAAAUAUCAACUGAUGAUGCACAAGAAACAGUACGAAAUCCUUGAGUUUAAAAUUGGAAAUUAAUACUCUAACAAUGGGGUGGGGCAUGCUGAUAUGAUUAGCUAGUAAUUUAGGAUUAUCAACUAAAUUGAUAAUGGUGCCACAGCGAUAUGCUUUAGAAAAUGGAAUUUAAUUGAGUGUACCACCAUAUUUGUGCUAUUGUAACUGAAAAUUAUCUGCCUUUACCUUAAAGUAACCCCAUUUGAUGUCCUUUCUUUUCUAUCUCUUUAUGCAAGUUUGAGCAAAGUGAUGCAAAUCUGUUGGCACCUUCAGAUGCCAUGAACAUUGAAGACAGAGGCUGUAGAAUUUCUGGGUUUGUUGAUGCCCCAAAUAACACAGGGGUGGAACUGAAUAAUCCAGAACUGAUGGCUGAUUCACAGAAAUCAGUCUGGAAGGCAAAACAACAAGUCUUAGGAUUAAUGCGGGUAUGUUACUUCUCAAGACAAAUUAGAGCAGAUUUCCAUUAUAUUGGAUGUUGUAAAAGUAAAACUUUUUUUGUCUGGAUUUGCAUUUAUACCAUGGCUGAAAUUAAUGAGCUUUACUUUUCUGUUUCUUUUCAGAUUCACUGGUUAAUGUUAAUCCGUUCACCAGCCACGUCAUUUUUCAAAAUUAUUAUUCUGCUAUUUUUCAUAUUUGCUGGUCUUUCACUUUUACGUGUAGCCAAGAAUGACAGCCAAUCAGCAAUUGGUUUGAAACUGACACCUAAGAUGUAUCUGAAACCUGGAAGUAAAAAGGGUUAUGCCUCCUUUGCUCUUCUCCAGAAUUCAACCAAAGAGGCCAUGGACCAUGUUAUGAAAUACCUGAGUGAUUAUAGUGUUGGCACCUUGUUGGUGUCCUCUAUGAGUAGCAUAUUGAGCAACUCAUCAAGUGAUCUGUACAAUCUGGGAUUUGACAUUCUCAAGUUUCCUGCAGACAAUUUGUCGUCGUCCAGCGUAAGUAAUAGUAUUUUUGCCUGAAUUAAAAAAUACGACAAGAGCAUUAGUUGUUUAUUUCCCCACUUUUCUCUUUUUAUGUUUGCUAUCAAUGGUACUGACAAGGAGAUUUUGUUUGACAAUUGGAAACAUCUUAAAUUGGUGAUUAUUUCCUUUAGCCUCAUGACCUUUGCAUUUGAUUCAAGGGUAAUACUGUAGAGAGAAAUUAGAAGCCUUUCAUUCUUAAGAGGUUGAAAUUAAGGGUCAAAGAGAAAGUUUCUGUCAGGCUCUUUUCAGUGUGUCACUCAACACAAAUGUACACUGUGAGACAAGUUAGCAUUGCCUUUUAGGAUCUUUCAUCAAGCUUUGAGAUGCGAUACAACGACACAGCUGUACAUAGUGUACCUGUUGGCAUCAACAUAUUGGGAUCUAUCUUGCACAUGAGUGCUCUAAAAAACAAAAAAAAGCACCUUAUCCACUGGAGUCAACCAUUCUUGCCUUCCCUGACGUAAAACCUCAGUGGACUUUCAACAUUGUAGUACUUUCGUCAUUCCUUCUCAUUGGAAAAGCUUUCGGCACUAUUCUAGGUGACCUUGGAGUUCUGAUUGUAGCAGAACGGCAGGUGAGAAUAAAGAAAUGGAUGAAGGUUUCUGUGUGUUUGGCUCUUUGUGAUAAAGCCGUUUUUGAAUGAUUGUCGCCAGACAAAACCAAGGCUAUUUUAUCAGCCAAUCAAAACAAGGAUAAAUAUCACAAGUAUUCAUUAGAUUUUAAAGUAAAAACCUUUAAAGCCAGUGUGGAUCAUAAGAAAAUUCAGCAAACAAUUGGAAAGUUAGUAUUACAAGUUAUUUUGGUUUUGCAUUUGAUUUCUGAAAAGGUGACAACAGUAUUCUAGACCAGUCAUAGAAGAUAGUAAACUAAAAACCAAUGUCAUUCCAAGUUGCUUUUUAUUUGCUCUCUGUGGAAAAUUCUGGUACUCAUCUGUGGUGUGAUUAAUAGUUAUUCUAAAGGUUGAAUAAAUUUGAGGAAAAAGAAAAUUUCACCACACAGAGAGUUUGAAAAGAUUCCAAUUCAAAGAUAGGCCUAUUGUCACCUUUUUAAUCACAACACUUACAGUGUGGUAAAAACUCAAUGUUACUUCUAUCACAGAUGAAGAUGCGCCAUUUACUGAGGGUGUCUGGAGUAUCAUCCUUUGUGUAUUGGCUGGAGCGUCUUAUCUCUGAUGGCAUUGUAGCAUCGAUUCCAGUGAUACUGUUGUUGACACUUAUACCAGUCUUACAGCCGCCCUCACUGUCUCCUCCCCCUGCUAUGCACUGUGUAAUGAUUGCAACCCUUCUGUACAUACCUGCUGGGAUAUUGUUUUCGUAUCUCAUGUCCUUUAUGUGCAAUUCAAGGGAUUUCUCCAAGCAAGUUUUGCCAAGUGUGUUCGACGUUGUAAGUAUGAUGAUAAUUAAUGGUCAUUCAUUGUAAAGCCCCAUUCAAAUAUGGCCAUGAAAGUUAAUGAUAGUUGAUGAUGGUUUCAACAUUUGUUCACUAUCAUUGUCUGUCAUGUUUGUAUUUCAAAUGGUUCAUUGUUAAAGUUGAUAAUGGUUAAAAAAUCAUGUAAUGAGAUUGCACAAUUGUAAAUAAGUAUAGCAUGCACUAAGGUCAGCAAUUUUGGCAGCAUUUGAAAUUUUAGUCAAGAAGUAGCAAGUUGAAGAUACUAAAGCCUAUCAGGAGAUGAAUAGAAUGAGUAGCAAGAUAUUCUGCAAAAUUUUGAUGGCACUUUAGUCAUUUUACCAUUUGCCAUUUUGGUUUGAGCUGGCUUAAUUUUGGCAAAACUAUGGACCAAAAAGCUAUCGUUCACUAUCAUCUGCUGGUUCAAACAGCUAAAACUAUCAUCAGUUAUCAUGUUGAAUUUGAAAAUGUCCAAACUAAAUAAUAGUUGAUGAUAGCUGAUGAUAGUGCAUGAUAGUUGAAACUAUCAUCAACUAUCAGGACUGUUUCAUCUGGGCUUAUAAGGAUGGCUUUGCAAGCAGGCACCAUGGAGCAAAUCAUGUGUUCAGGUUAUCUACACAAGCUUAUUUUGGCAAUGGGGGUAUGUGCUCCCUUGCUUGCUGUCUUGUUGGUUCAGGUUGUAGAGUGCCCAACUGCCACGCUGGAGGUUGAAGGUUCAAGCCUCAGGUUUCAGAGUAGGCUUCUUACCUCGAUCCUGACUUCCAAUGUUGUGGUCUGGCUUUGAUUCUGAAAUCAGGGGUUUCUGCAAAAAUAUUCUUCACACAUUAUUGUUGACCAGCUCAAUGCAGUUUGGCCAAAGUACCCUGCAAAAUAUGGCUAUAGAAAUCCCUCAUUACUCUUAACCCUUUAACCCCCAAGAUCUGAUUGUUAAUUCUUCCCUCAAGCUGCUAUACAUUUCCUUGUAAAUAAGUCAAAAGAAUUUGGUGUUAGAUCAAGACUACUAGCACCUACCUGAUAAGUUUGAGUAUUCUCAUUAAAUGUUGGCUGGAUAAUGUGUGGAUGUUAUAGGGAGAAGUUACAUGUUAAUCACUUAUGGAGUUAAUGGGUUAAAUAUUAUUAUUCUUAUUACCUACACCUUAUGAAAGCAGUAGCAAAAAGAAGUCCAGGGGAGGCUUAGUUCUUUUCAUGCAUGUCUGUGAAAUUGUUGCACUUUUUUAGUAUGAAAUACAAGUAGGUUAGUUUUGUCAUAUAAAAACAUGGGUGUGACACAUAAGAAAGUGCACGCCAUAUCAAGAGGCAUCUAUCCACUGAGUGUAAUUGCCCCUCUGAAUUUGGCAGUGGCUUUUUUGUUGUUGUUGUUCCAUAGUAAUGUUUCUUUUUAUUUAUUUAAUUUUUUCUUUAGACCGGAAUAAUUCCAUACUUUACUGUAUCUUUGGUGGAUAUGCGUGUAAGCCGAGAUACUGCCAUUGUUCUUCAUUACGUGUUUGUAUUCCUGUUGCCUCCAUAUCAAGUAUUUGGAGCUUUGUAUUACAUUGACAGUGUGAGUAUAAAUACAAAUCUUCCUCAAAUGUACUAAGAGAUUUUCAGCCACAAUUUUAUCUGAUCUCUGGUAAGCUUGAUGAAAUUUUGGGUAUGAAGUUCAGUUCUUUACCUCUAUUCUCUCAGUGGAUGAUGCAAAGGCCUUAUUAUUGGUCAUUGCACUGGAUUCCUGCUCAACAGGUCUGGGUUUGAGACCUGAAUGGGUCAUUGUGUUGUGUUCUUAUAAAAAACACUCUAGUUAGUCACUAACUUUCACAGGGCCUCUCCACCCAGGAGUACAAAUGGGAACCAGCAAAUUGUCUGGGAAGCGUGAUGAAAUGCUGGCGGGUAACCUAGUGAUGGACUGGCAUCUCAUCUAGAGGGGAGUAGUAAUACUCCUAGUUGUUUCAUGAUAAGGAAACCCAGAUAAGCUUGGGCUGCAUGGGCUACUUGGCUCACUUGCUAACUUUUCACUCUCUCUGUUAUAUGCUACCUUUGAAGUAAAGACUUACUUGGUAAAGGGCUUCCUUUAUAUGUCUCACUAUGUUUUACAGGUGUACAGGUAUGAGUCCAUUAUAGCAGCAUUUAGAGCUGGUGGUCAAUCUGUUGAUGUAGAAGUCACUGCAAGCAACUACUUCAAGUGGACCAAAUACAAUGGCUUCCCAGCCGCAUUGAUUGCUGUAUGUUCUUGCUCAAUUCAUUCAUUACUCAGCCAUGUUAUUCAAGACAUGCACUCUGAGAAUCAUAAUUACCAGACAUGCUUUAGAAGGGGCCUAAGUACUGUGCUGUGGCCAUUGCUCAACUGCAUUACCACUACAGCAUUGUGCUUUAUGUUGAAUACUAAAAAGAUGCCUUGAGGAGGGAUGGGUGUGGUCAUAUUUAUUUCCUGGGCAUUCAGAUCAGUUGCUGAUUUGUGAGGAGGGAGGGGGGGUUGAGGGAAUUGUUUAAAAAUCAUAGAAAAUCAAAAUAUGACUCAAUGUCUUUCUUCUGAUUUCCAGCCCAGCUGUAAUGAAUACUUCAUAAUUUAUACAGAAUGCAUUUUAUUACCAUCUUAAAAAUGGAAACUGAGACUAGCGCUAAGGUGGUACAUGUUAAGUACGAUUUUAACUGAAACACAACUCAGCCUAAAUGUUUACCUAAAUGUUGAUAAUACUUAAUUUAUUUACAAUAAGAAAAUUUCCACAGCUGCAUUUUUUAUUUCCCUCCCCUUUUUUUUUUUGGCCAGGCAGGCCUCUCAUUUUCAAUUUGGAGCUUUUGGCUGAGGGACUCAAAGUUCUACAUAGGGGUCAGGUGAAAGAAAGAGGGAUGGCUUAACAUUUGAAUUUCAGUUACAUGCAUUUGACAUGAAGUUUUGAUCAUUACGUCUUGCAUUGUAAUAACUGAUGUCUCUUCUAUUUUGUCAUUUCUCAGCCUGUUUUUCAUACCAUUCUGUUUUCUGUGCUGAUCUAUUUCUUGGACCAACAUAAAACUGGUGGUGCUGUGAGUUGCAAGUGUUCCAAAAGGUAAUAAAGUGUAGCAAUUAAUAUGAUAGUUGUUGGCUGUAAAAAUGUGUACUUUUGGUAAGAGGUAAUAUACUCCUUGACAAAAGAGCCCAGCUUGGAGCAAAACUCAGAAUUCAAUUAUUGGAUACCUCUAGGUUCAUUAAGAAUGCAUUUUAUUGACCUUUGCCAAGUUGAUGCUCUCUUGCCCCCCCCCCCCUCCCUUUCCUUUUCUUGUUUGUUGUGGAGUGCUUUAGUCAGAGUUCUGCUUGCCUCUUUAGCAUGAAUGACAAGAACAACGCGCAUGUAGACAGAAGUUUCAGUUACAUGCGACUGGAAAGUGAGGAAUCAAUGGAUCCAACCGAUGAGGAUGUUAGGAGGGAAAAAGAAAAAGUCUCAAACAUGGUUUCCAUAGAAGACUCCACCUUUUCUGCAAUAGUAAAGGUGAGAAAGAGGAAGUUUUCUUUGGAAAUGGUAGUGUACCUUAUACUCUGAUCUUUUCAAAAAGUCCAUCCUUUUAAAUUUGACCAUAAGAGCAAAACAACCAGUCAGAGUUAUCCUGCUUUAACCAUAAAGCUGCAUUUAGACUGGCGAGGUUUUUAUACAGCCUUUUUGGCAAUUUUACCCUGUAACUCCCAGGGUAAAUAACAAUGAUGCAACUUCUCCAUAAAGUAUCCGGCCAACAGGUAAUGAGAAUUUUCACACUUAUCAAGUAGAACUUGUUAUCUUGAUCUAACACCAAAUUCUCAUAACUAGUUUACAAGGAAAUGCACAUGUUACAGCUAAAGAGGAGAAUUAACAAUCAGAUUGUGGAGUGAAAAUGUUAACUGAUUAUAAUAUUUUGUUAAUGUUUUUGGAUUAAUGUAAGACUCAAGACACUCAGUCAGUUUUGAUCUAUUAUAAAAGUCAGCCGAGAGGUUCUUUUUGAGGCUUCCCCUUAUCAGAACAAUUACACUACAGAACUAAGAAUUGAUAGACUUAUACUCAUUAUUAUUGAUAGUAUAAUUACUUUUACUGAAAAAGUUAAACCUUUUGGUAUUAUUUAUGUUUGCUUAGGGACUAUGGAAGAGAUUUGGCUCAGGAAAGAAGGCUAAAACAGUUGUCAAAGAUCUGUACUUUGGUGUUGAGCAAGGAGAAGUUUUUGGACUUCUUGGUCCAAAUGGAGCUGGCAAGACAACCUCCCUUAACAUGGUCACAGCAGACAUUCCACCAACAAGAGGAAAGGUAAUGUAAGCUACUUGAUCUGUGAUGUUCUGAUGCAAAUCUUAAAAGCAAAUGUGGUUUGUUUGUUUUUACUUUGACCUUUUUUUGGCUCUUUGUUCCAACCCUCUUGACUAACUGCUUUGAUUACUUUUGCUCUGGUUUUACAACACAUUGUAAUCCCUGUAAGUGUUUGUAAAGUUUGCUUUCAAAUCAGCCCCUUCAUAUUAAACACUCAGAUCCUGUUUUGUCCUUCUUUGUCCCAGGUCUAUGUAGCAGGUUAUGAUGUCAGAAAACAGUCCCAUGAGGCAUUUCAACACAUGGGAUUUUGCCCACAGGAAGAUGUACUCUGGCCAAAAAUAACAUUGCAAGAGCACCUUGAGGCUUUUGCCAGGAUGCGUGGCAAGCCAAGGGGGGAGGUCAAACGGGUAGUUAAGCAGUGAGUUCAUCUUUCUGAGAGACUAAAAGCUCAGGAAAACCUUCAUGCCUUAUAAGAGUACAACAUUUCCCUUCCCUAAGCUAUUGGCAAAUUUAAGUUAGCCCCCUUUCUUUGAAUCAGGGCCAGAAGAGCAAGAAUAAAUUGUUUGCAUCAGUAGGAGUGCUUUCUCAUGAAUGGGUAUCCAGUUACUUCGCCACCAAGCAGACUCGCCACCAGUGAACUCGCCACUAAGGAACGAUCUCGCCACCAACGUACUCGCCACCAAGCGAAGUCUUCUCGCCACCAACCACCAAUAAAGAGAUUAGUCGAGGAGAGUAGGAUGUUCGGCUGAUAAGUUUGUUUGCUUGUCUGUACUCAAACUUUAUAAACGUAUGUUGUCGAAAGCACGUUCGAAACCGAUAAGUUUGUUUGCUUGUCUGUACUCAAACUUUAUAAAUGUAUGUUGUCGAUAGCACGUUCGAAACCGAAGUAAGUUUUUAUUCCUUGCAUCGAGUUUUGCAAUUUCUCCUCGCUUACGUGCAAAAGACAAACGUGAUACGUUUUGAUGUCAAUGAGUUAGGAACGGAACACAUCUAACACGUCGCUGAAGGUCAUAAUUUAAAUACAGACAAGCGCACAAACGUAUCGGCCGAUUUGAAUUGUGCUCGUUCGAACAUCCUACUCUCCUCGACUACUUUAUUCUAGUUUAUCUCUUUAUUGGUGGUUGGUGGCGAGAAGACUUUGCUUGGUGGCGAGUACGUUGGUGGCGAGAUCGUUCCUUGGUGGCGAGUUCGCUGGUGGCGAGUCUCCCUGGUGGCAAGGUAACUGGUAACCCAUGAAUGACUGUGGCUUAUUGUGUCUAUCUCAUGCCCAGUACCUGGCAUGUCUGCUUUUAGCCAUUUUGCAAUUGAGUAACAGUUGUUGUAUUGUUUAGAAAGAACCAAAACCAGAGCUAGAUUUUUUUGCUAUUUGUGCAUUCUUGCAGUAAGCAUGGUUUUAAAUCUAUCUGAUAACUGAACUGGCCUCAGGCAAACAGGAAAUUGAAUGGGGGAAGGAUGGUGGAUAAAAAUAUUUGAGUCUAAAAUUAAAAGUUUGUCAGGCUUAUUCAUUCCUUAGCUAAUUCAGGUUCUUUUCCUCUAAUGACCUAAUAAAUAUUUCCAUCUAUUUUAGCUAUUUGUCUGCUUUAGGGAUUACUGAACAUGCUAAGAAGAGAACUCAAUAUCUUUCAGGAGCAACAAAACGAAAGGUCAUUGUUUUUUAUAAAUGUAUGUUAGACUAAUUUUUGUUCAGGUAUAUCCUUAAUUAAGUGAUAGUUUUUAGUUAUUCUAAUUUCUGGUAAUAUAAUGUACUGUUGCUCAAAGGAGAAAAUGUGUUUGGUACUUCUUGUUGUUAUAAUGCUGGUUCUGCAAGUGAGAAAGAUGAAGCAAAUCCCUUCUUCUCUGCUCAAUGGAUAUCAAGAAACAAAGAUCGCAGCAUUUUUAUAGAAUGGUAGUAAAUUUAUACUAAUUCUCUCUAUCCCUUUUUCUCAAAGGCCAGUUUUGCCAUGGCAAUGCUGGGGGAUCCACAGCUGUUGCUGCUUGAUGAGCCUUCCAAAGGCGUGGACCCUUCUGCCAGACGUUGCUUAUGGUGAGAAGUUGACUGAACUGUACUAGAUCCUUCAUGUUUAAUCCUUUAACCCCUAAGAGUGACCAGCAUCUAAUUUCUCCUGAAAAUAUCACCCCUGAGUCAAACAUUAGAGUCACGAGCAAAAAGAAAAUGAUCAACUAAAUAAGUUCUGGAAUGGUAUACAAAUUCUCCUUGUCAACACCUUAAGAAAUAUGUAGAGAAAAGUAUGGAGAAUAUGCCUACUGAUGUCAGUGGGUAAAGGGUUAAUCCUUUACAACCUAACAUCAAUAUGGAUAUUCUCCAUAUAGUACAUUUCUUAAUGUACUGACAAGAAAAAUUUGUUUAAAAAUUAUAUCAAGAGCUUCUUUAGCUGGUAAUCAUGUCUUUUCUUCUUGUGACCUUAACAUGUGAUUCAGGGGUGGUGUUGAAAGGAAAAAUUUAGAUAGAAGUCAUUCUUAGAGGUCAGAGGGUUGAUUGCAUGUGUUUAGUUUCUUAAGACAAACCAUUUGCUGCACCUGCUUUAGCUUCUGAUGUUUUGUGAUGUACAACUUUCUGGCAACAACUAGUUUUAGCCCUCAAUUCUCACAAAAAAUUGUUAUAUCUAAGUCCAAGUGUUAGUGUCUUUCACUGCUUUGGACGUUUCUGUGAGGCCAUAUCACCAUUGCUAAAUACACUCACAUAAAUGUACAAAGUUAUGCAGAUGUUUGCUGCAUCAAAGUUACUGCUUGUUUUCCUGUCCCAUUAUCAGGAACACCAUCAGCAGGAAUGUCCAUGGAAAGAGAGGAGCUGUUCUAACAACACAUUCCAUGGAGGAGGCUGAUGCUUUGUGUUCACGAGUUGGAAUCAUGGUGAAAGGCCAACUCAAGUAAGUUAUAUUUCAAACAAAUGCCUUUUCUUUUAUAAGGAAGAGUUGUUGUCCCCUUAACCUUUUUCUUGAAUAAUAGGUCAUUUACAGUUGUGUGCAUUAUAGUUGCUAAGCCUUUGAUCUGGAGUGAGGCUGAAAGUAACCUUAUUAUGAUUGAGACCAGUAUCUAGUUAGCAUAAUAACAAAGUAAUUUACAUUUGAAAUGCAGCAAGGUUUGUAUCAUAACAAGGUCAACCUUAGCCUCACUCCUGCUCAAAGGCUUAGGAACCAAACAUGCAACUGUAGAAUAGACAAUAUCUCAACUUCUUGUGUUUUCAGGUGUCUUGGUUCAACACAACAUUUAAAGAGUACUUAUGGCAGUGGUUACACCUUGGAAUUAAAACUGAAGAAAACCCACACCUCAGGUCCAUGCCCAGAAGGUUCAAUGGAGCAGUUACACAACUAUGUCAUUGAGCUGCUUCCAGGUGCAACCCAGUCUGAAGUGUUUGGUGGAAGAGUGAUAUACAAGGUCCCAAAGGAAGGUGUUGGGGCACUAUCAGUCAUCUUUACUAAACUUGAAAAAGGUACGGUGUCUAUCUUUUAGGAUUGAUUGGGCCUGAUAGCAUUCAUUAACUUUGUGAAAUGGAAGUUGGGUGCCUGGAGUAUCAAGAGCCUUCCACUGUGGCAAGAGAGCCCCAGAUAAAAUAUGGCUGCAAAAAUUCCCUCAACCUAGCAAUAAGUGGCUUUUCCAAGACCUUGCCAAUAUUAAUUGUAUCUGAGUGGAGGAACAAUCAAGGAAGGGGCAGAUUGAGGUGGGGGGACAUUUGGAAACAACCAUUAAAAAUGUGCUUACAACUGCGAAGGACCAAAUGCUAUGAAACUGCUUAACCUGUAGAGACUAACAUCUAAUUUCUCCUUACAAUUUUACCUCUGAAUCUUGCACAAAGGUCACAAGAAAACAGAAAUAUCAACAACUAAAGGAUUUCUUGAUUGGUUUAAAAAUUAUCUUUGUCAGUACCUUACAAAAUGAGUAGAGAACAGUAUGGAGAAUAUGUGUACUGGUGUUCAGUUCUAAAGGGCUGAGAACUCAAACAGGCCAGCUGUGACAGAGUUGCAACAUUCCUUUUGAGCCUGCACCAAAACCAUUGACUGACUACAGUUCAUUUUGUUCAGUAAAAUGAACAGUGUUGAACAAAAACCCAGAAUCAAAUUGGACAGGAUUAGUCAAUCUGCUUUUUCUUAACAUUUUAAGCUGUGCUACAGAAGGGGUUCCAGUCAUGUAGCUCUUGGUAGAUAGGUUGAACCUCAUGAUUAUGCCACUAUAGCUGUGACUUAAUGUGUUUGUUCUAAAGCACUUGACAGGGUUAAGGAGAAUUAAAAACAAUCUCUCUUAUUUCCAUCUACAAACAUUACACUAUCGAUAUUGCUGAUCCUAGCAGUAUGCAGGAUGCAUGUUGUAGGAACUUCGUAAUAGACCUCGCUCACUGUGGAGUCUCUAUGGCUCAGUGGUAGAGCAUUGGUGUGCGGAGUCUGAAGGUCUGAGGUUCGAUUCCUCAUGGGGACUCUGAAUUUUUCUGUGUCCCACACUCAUGACAAGACGAAAAAUAUCUUUCUCAACAUUAUAGCAGUGUUUUAAGUGCAAUUUGAUGGAAUAUUGAUUCACUAAAUUCAGCUGUGUUUAUUUUUUUAGCUAAGGAAGAAAUUGGGAUAGAGGAGUACAGUUUCAGUCAGUCUACACUGGAACAGGUAUAAAAUGUUUUUUACUCUUUUAUGGUCAGCAAAUUGCAGCAAAUUUUUGUGGAGAGUUGAAUACAACCAGGGAUUGGUUUUAUUUUCCUUUACUCUGCCCUCAGCCUCUAUGCAUGGUGUGGGAAACUUGCAGUACCUUCUCAACCAAUCAGUUGCAAUCAAUCAGUUGUGCUAAUAGUGCCAGACCCCCAGCUAACCUCUCCCCAACUUAUCUCAAAUCUUCCUGUGGGCAGAGAACCCUGAACAAGGGCCUAUUUGUAGGCCAACCACAACUGUACUGACAGACCUUUACAAGCUGCGCUGUAAAUCUCAGUGAAAUCAGUAUUUUACUCAUUUAUUUUGAUUUCUAUUUGCUUUAAUUUGAAACAAUGGUAUCACCACUUGCCUCUGAAAUUCAUUCAAAAUAAAAACAAUGCAUCACUUUUCAACCCUACUUCAUAUUGUAUUAUAUGACACUUGUUUCAAGAGGCCAUUUUACAGUUGUGUACUUAGUUGCCAAGCCUUUUAUUUGGAGUGAGGCUGAAGGUGACCUUGAUGUGAUAGAGACCAGUAUCCAGUUAGCAUGAUAACAAAGUAAUUACCAUUUGAAAAGCAGCAAGCUUUGUAUCAUAACAAGAUUACCCUUAGCCUCACUCCUGUUCAAAGGCUUGGCAACCAAGCACACAAUUGUGAAAUGGUCUAUUUAUAACUGACCAAUCAAACUGCUCACUUUUAACUACAAUGAUAUCCUCAGGUUUUUCUGGAGUUCACAAAAGAACAAGAUGAUGACAGGACUGGAGCUGAACAUAACAGAGAAGAGAAUGUACAAAAUGGUGGAUCCCACCCAGCAGUGUAA